CCAGUUAACCCCUGUUCCUAUUCCAACACUUUUUUUUUUUUAAAAUCUACCCUUGUAUGUCUGAUCUUCUUCUUUUUUCUCUAAAAUUUUGAUGAGAAAUGAAGUAUUUCAAGUUUGGAAGUGGUGAAUGUGGAAGCUGUCCAAAUUAGUGUACAAAAAAAGGUCUACUUUUUAAGGUUCUUAUUGUAGCACAAAAAUUGGGUUUAUGUUAAAUAUGGAAAGAAAUUAUGUUCUUUUGAUGGGAUUUUUUCUACUGCUAGUUGCUGUCGAUUGCUCAAGUUCUGAUCCAAAGGGGAAUGAACAGACUGGUUUAAAUCAGAAAUUAGAUGGCACAGUGGAACUGUUGAAAGAAAAUGGUGAAUCUAAAUCUGUUUCAGAUUCAAUUGGAAUUAAAAACUUGAAAGGUAAUGGAGGAGAUCAAACUAAUGGAUCAAAAGGAGAUAUUGGGAGUGAUACAAGUAAGAGUAAUUUGAAACUGCAAUCAGGUUCAAAUGGAGGUGAGAAUUUGGUGAAGGAUGGGAAAGAUUCAAGUAGUGAAGCAGAAGGAAAUUCAGACAAUGAACAACGAGGUGAUAUUGAGCACAAGGGUCGGGAAGAAUCACAUGUUGAAGCCGGAGGAAAGACCGAUAGUGGAGAAGGUGAUAAUGUGCAAAAGGCUAAGCAAGAAUCACAUUUUGAUGCCGUAGGAAAGGCAGAUGGUGGAAAAGGUGAUAAUGAGCACAAGGGUAAGGACGAAUCGCGGUUUGAAGCCGGAGGAAAAGUGGACAGUACAAAAGGUGAUAAGGAGCAAAAGGGUAAGGAAGAUUCGCAGUUUGAAGCCAGGGGAAAGGCAGAUGGUGGAAAAGGCGAUAAGGAGGGUCAGGAAUCCAAAGGAGUGAUGGAUGGUGCGAAAGAAGGUGAUAAUGAGCAAAAAGGUCAGAAAGAAUCAAAUCUUAAAACCAGAGGAGAGACGAAUGGUGUGAAAGAAGUUGAUAACGUGCAAAAGGGUUUGGAAGAAUCAAAACAUGAUAACAAAGGGAAUACAGAUGGUGAGAUAGAAGGUAACAAUGUGCAAAAGGGUCAGGAAAAGUCAAAUAUUGAAGCCAAAGAAAAGACGGAUGGUGAAGAAAAGGGAAAACCCGGUGAUAGUGAAAAUCAUAAGGAAGUUAAGUCCGAGAAAGACAAGACCCAGAACUUGGUUAUGCCACCACCACCACCAACAUGGAAAGAUGGUUUCCGGGGUGAAGAAUGUGAUCCUUCUAAUAUGUGUAUGGACAAGAAUAAACGGUUUGCUGCGUGUUUGCGAGUCCCAGGAAAUGAAUCUCCAGAUCUAUCACUUCUGAUUCAGAACAAGGGAAAGGGGGCUUUAGCCAUUAAAAUAUCUGCCCCUGCUUUUGUUCGGUUGGAGAAGACAGAUGUUCAAAUCCAAGAGAAACAAGACAGAAAGGUAAAGGUCUCCAUAGAAGGUUCUGGAAUAGGGAACAUGAUAGUCUUGAAGGAUGGUAAAGGAGAAUGCAGUCUCGAUUUCAAGGAGUUGAUCGUUCACAAUUCCGCAACGUCUUACGUAAACUUCUUGUCACAAACCCCUACAACUGCGUUUAUAUUUCUUGCCGCUAUAAUGAUACUAGCAUCAGGUUGGAUGUGCAUGAGUUUCCGGCGCAAGAUACUUGCAUCCAAUAGCUUGAAGUACCGAAGGCUCGACAUGGAGCUGCCUGUAUCCGUUGCGGCAAAAGCAGAACCAGAACGAGAUGUUAACGACGGGUGGGAUAACAGCUGGGGUGAUGAUUGGGAUGACGAGGAAGCGCCUAUGACUCCGUCGAAGCCUGUCACACCUGGCCUCUCCUCCAAAGGCCUUGCCUCCCGACGGUUGAGUAAAGAGGGAUGGAAGGACUAAUACCAUUUUUGAUUCAAACAAGCAACCAAAACUUGAUCAAAGAAUACUGUAGUAUGUAAUAUGCUGGUUUAUUUUAGUUGAUCAGUUUUUCCACUUAGAAAGCAGUUUGUUUCUUUUUUGUUUUAUUUAUUGUUUUCUUUAGCUGAGGGAAUGUAGCUGAGUGGGACUGUCACUGUUUUUGUAUUGACCUCUGAAUCAAGCCAAAUUUCAUCGGCUCAAUUUGGUUUGGUUGAUUGGGUAUAAAUUUUUUUUUAAAAGUUAUUUAUAUGAAUUUAAAUAUAAAAUAUUUAUUCUUUAAAAA